AUGGCCUCUUUGACCUCCGGCUUUGCAGCUUCUAGCGCCCCCUAUGAUGCGAGACGUUUGCCUUCUGCAGCCACGACUAAGUCCGAUUACGAUCUUUAUGUUAAGGUCCACGAACAAUUCUUGUCGAUAACACAGUCGUCUAGCUUUUCAUCUCCUGCAAAUCUGUCGUAUACUAUCGGGCCUGUGUCGUCCGCAAUGGUGCAAAAGGGGGAAGACCUUGGAGGAAACCCGUGCGGCCUACCAAAAGUCGCACAAACAUGGAAGUAUACAUUUUACCUACCUCAGGGAGGGUGGGCUUUAGUCGCAGAGUGGAAAGAUGUAGCAGACGACGUCGUUGUACAGAGCAUAAUCGAGGCUCUUCAGGAUAGCAUAGACGGGCUGUCUCGGGACUGGGAUCUCCGCCUGGACUGCCAAUUCAUGAACCACGGCGGGCCAACGCAGAAGAUUCUCCAAAGCUACGGCGACGCGAAUUUUGAUUAG